GGGAAGUUUGCUAUUGGUUUCCUGGACUGAGCUGCACCGGCUGAACAUUGGAAUUACAAUAGGAAGCAAUCCCCUUUUCCUCUGAGUGAGCGUGUGUGUGUGUGUGUGUGUGUGUGUAUGUGUGUGUUUUCACGAGGAACAGCAGGCGUGCAGGAACUGUGUUGAGGAAGACCGCUGGAUGCCCCUAUUGUAGCAGAGUUACAGCAGAAGAGGAGCGCCAGCCAAAAGAGGAGAGGGAGAAAGCGAGAAAACAGAGACUGGAGCUGCAGGAGUUGGACUGAGAAGAAGAGGAAAAAAGAGAGGAAGAGGACAGAGUCAGAGUCUUGUGGGACAGUUUAGCGCGAGACAGGAAAGGAGAGAGAAAGGAGAGCGAAAGCAGGAACUCACCUAACACACUUGUCAGCUCUGCCAGGUGGAGCAGCCUCCUCCUCACCCUCUCCUUCCUCCUUCCCCUUCCCUCUCCUUCCCCUGAGAUGGGCCGCCUGCUGGCCCUGAUCCUCACCUACCUGGCCUACCUGCUGCCCGCCGCAAGCGGCUCGGAGCCCCAACGGCACCACGUGCAGCACGGCCCCUGCAGCUACACCUUCAUCCUCCCUGAGGUGGAGCAGUGCCACCCCCAGAAGGACUUCCAGGUCGGCGACACCCUCCAGAGGGACUCGCCACCACAAGCCCAGCCCGGUACGAGCCACCCUGAGCAGGCUAAGGGCCAAACAGUGAGGCCUUCCUGGCAGGAGAGGAAGCUGGAGAGUCUGGAGAGUGCCACGGAAAAUAACACCCUGUGGUUGCAGAAGCUUGAGAACUACAUCCAGGAGAAUGUGCGGUCUGGGAUGGAGGAAAUGAAAAGGAACGCCGUCCACACCCAGACAGCUGCCAUGUUGGAGAUGGGGACCAAUCUCCUCAGCCAAUCAGCAGAGCAGACUCGCAAACUGACAGAUGUCGAGACCCAGGUGUUGAACCAGACAAGUCGCUUAGAGAUCCAGCUGCUUGAGUACUCGCUAUUUACUAACCGACUGGAGAAACAUAUUCUGCAGCAGACUCAGGAGAUCUCACGCCUGAAUGACAAGAACAGUUUUCUGGAACAGAAGUUCUUAGCGCUGGAGGCUCAGUACGGGAGGGAGCUGCAGAGCUUGCAGAGUGAGAAGCAACAGCUUCAGGAGCUUCUGGAGCGGCAGAGUCAGCUGGUCACUCAGCUCCAGGGCGAACUGGGAAGCUCCACGUACAACAGCACUUUACUACAGAGACAGCAGGCCACACUCACUGACACUGUUCAACAGCUGCUGGCUAUGGUCAACCACUGCAAUGAAAUCUCUGCCGUCCCCAAAGAGGAGCCACUCAUUUUCAGGGACUGUGCGGAGAUACUACAAUCUGGAGUAACAGAGAAUGGAAUAUACAGCAUAUGUCUACCCAACUCCACCCAGACUGUUAAGGUUUUCUGUGAUAUGAAGACGAGAGGUGGGGGAUGGACAGUCCUGCAGCAUCGGAGAAAUGGCUCUGUGGACUUCCACCGCGGUUGGAGGGAGUACAAAAUGGGCUUUGGUGAGCCGUCUGGGGAGCACUGGCUGGGGAAUGAUAUCAUCCACAAGCUGACCAGAUCCCGGGAAUACAGCCUGCACGUCCAGCUGAGAGACAGAGAGGGGAACGAGGCUUACUCACAUUAUGACCACUUCUACAUCGACGGAGAGGAGAACAACUACAGCCUCCAUGCCGAGGGCUUCAGCGGCACAGCGGGUCGCACCAGCAGCCUCACCCACCCCGGCACCCAGUUCAGCACCAAGGACAGAGACAACGACCGCUGCACCUGCAAGUGUGCCCAGAUCGCUUCUGGAGGCUGGUGGUUCGAGGCUUGCGGUCCAUCCAACCUGAACGGCAUGUACUACCCUGGCUCGUCCAAUAUCGUUCGCUACAAUGGCAUCAAGUGGUACUACUGGAAGGGCCCGAAUAUGAUGGCUACCAUGACGACCAUGAUGGUGCGCCCUGCAAACUUCUGACAGCACGUCAUCCCUUACAAACUGAUGAACAAUAUCAAGGAAGUGAACAUAUUUGAGAGGAAAUUCAAAUGAGACUUUUGGCGGCUUCAGCCUCUGGGCAUUGUCUUGGAGGUGCUUCUGGCAUCUGCCUGGGGCCAUAUGCUGCCUCUCAGCAAAUGACUGUGGGUUUUUUUAAAUGGUAAAAUUCCUUAAUGAGGAGUUCCACAUAAAAAAUAUAUUCACAAAAGUGCUCUGAGUACAUUUUAAUAAAGAAGUAGAAGAUCAUCUAGUUGAGUGGGAUAGAGGAUGUGGGGUUGUUGCUACAAAUCAUAAGAUAUCACAAGAAAUCAAACUAUGCAAUUUGUUGGGACAGUCACUCAACAAAAAUACCUUUGAAUUAAUGAGCUCAUUAACAUUUAGAAACCCUUUAUAACAAUACUUAUUUUUUUUUAUAUUAAAAUCCAUAAAUUAAUAUAGCCACCAGUGUUUUUGUGCAUUUGUUUACUCUGUGUUUACAUGCAGUGUGCCCAUAUUACAAGGAUGCACAGGCACAGCUGUUUAUAUGGUUUAACGUAAUUCAAGAUUUCAACUCUCUCAACUCUUUUACUCAUAGAUCCCAACUCAGUUGCACUAUUAGGGCCAAUUAAAUCUUAAAGUCAUUCUGGUCA